AGAGCGGUAGUACGUGGUGCAUUUACAAAAAUACAAAAUAUCAGCCCGGUAGCAGCAUGUAGACUAUUUAGAUGCCCGUCACAGCAGUGGCCUGGCAAUCGCCAUGUCAUCUCCUCUGGCCUCAAUCUUGUCUGGCGGUGGUACCUUAAAUACUACAUCAACAUGCUACAACAACAUGAGUACCUACAUGUAGCACAGAGGUGCUCCCAUGCAAGGGCUUUCAGUCCCAAGUCCCUUGCAUUGGCCCCUUUGAUGCCGCGACACGGCGGUAUUGGCUCAAUCUGUCGGUGCCACUCCUCCCAUCGCGCCUGUCAACCACAACAAUAGCUUUCCCUCGCCAAAGCUCAUUAAUAUCGCUCCAGCCACCCUUCACACCCAGAUAAGCGUAGCAUUUAGGGAAGCCCCCAUAAGGAGAAACCGCUCAUCUCUACAGCAACCGCCCUUCUGUAGUAGCUCGGCAAUCAUGAAGCGUAGCUAGAGUAGAUGCUCAGGCUCAGAUUGGAGCUUGAAACCCUCCCCCUGUUAGACUUGGCUUUCAUAUCAAGUAACAGUGAGAUGGCAAAGGCGCGUUGUGCCUAAGAGGCCUUAUAGGCAACUCCCAUUGUCAAGGGUGAUCUGCCUGCUCGUGGUAUAUGGCACCACUCAUUGCAACUUUUCGCGAGAGAAGCAGGCUGGUGCGCCAAUAAUGCCAAAAUUCGGUGGUCGUUGAGGUGCCCAGUUCUAGCGACAGCACGC